UGUCAAAUCGAUGUUGACAGCGCACACACCAACGAAUACUCACCAUAAUUAAAACAAAAGAAGUUCAAAGUCAUAUCAAUUUUUCGGCUUUAAUUGGCAAACAUUCAAAUUAAAUGGAUGCAAAACGAGGAAUUGAAGUGAUUCGGGCCGACGAUUUUGUGGAAUAUUUUUUAUUUCCAUCGUUAGAUCAACUUAAUGGAGACAAUACCGCUGAAAAAUUGGAAAAUUUUCGACAAAAUGUUAACGAUAGCGUCCAACAAUUCACCGUCGAUUAUAUUUGGCACAAGGAACCGUUCCAAUUAGUCAUUCGAACGCCCGAAACCGCAAGGUUAUUCAACGAAUGCAAAAUUCAAGAUGAUCUACCACCACACCUUUAUGGGCUUACAUUUUAUGGGGAGAAUAUUCAGGAUGAAUGGUACAUAGUGGAAAUAAUAAACCACUUGACAAAGAUUUAUCCACAUGUCAUUGGCCGAAUUUUUGAUGCCGAUGGCGAAUUUCUGUUGAUCGAAGCGGCUGAUGUGUUACCAGGGUGGGCCAAUCCUGACACUUGCGCUCAAAGAGUUUUCAUGCACAAUGGUCGCAUAAUCAUAGUACAAAACGAAACAACUGAAUGCGAAACAAAUGCCGUGCUUCCAGUUUCCGUUGGCCUCAAGCGAAUCCGUGAGGAUGUGAAUCUGUAUGAGUCGGAUGCGAUAAUGAAAUGUAUAGAACAGCGUUUUGUUGGCACUAAAAAGAGUACUCUGUUGCAUCGAGCAUGCAUUUAUUUACCGAUCUCAGCGGCUUUGUUGUUAAAGCAAAAUCCCCAGCUCAUAUCAUACGCUGUGCGAGCAUUUUGUAAUCGUGAUGAGAUUGACAUGAAACUGUGUCGCGCCAUGAAACAUUUUCCGCCUGAAACUCGUGUGUUUACUCAGGUUACAUUCACCAAAUGCCUUUACGCUCUGCUCACAUAUCACAAUUACAAGCCGAGUCAUCGAACCGGGUGGAAUUUGCCAAAUGAAAAAAGCAACACAUUUACCGCUCACAAUUUGGGCAUGAAAAUUGCUUGUGGCCUCGAAAUUUGCGCAUCAAAAGUACAAAACGAACAGAACGAUGUUGAAAAUUCGAAAGAAUGGCAAAUUUUCACCGGUCAGCUCAAGCAAAACGGAUAUUUUGGUGAUGCGAUCGAAGGAUCGCAAGAGUAUACGAAACGUUUGGAUACGGCAAAACAGUACUUUAGAAUCCUUUCCCAAAACCAUUCCACAUACAUAGAUGCUGUAGCCCGUGAAAUUCAUGAGCAUCUCAAAGACAUGAGUACCUUAAACGAACAAUUCAACGAUGACAUUUUAUUCGAUUACGAUGCAUCAUUGAACGAUAGCGAAGACUGGAUGAAUAUAUCUCAGGAAGAUUUCGAUAACAUGAUGACCGAACGAUAUGGCAUCAAGAAAACGUUGCGUUGCAACACGGAUGAAACGGAAAAUGAUUCAUCCGAUCUUGGCAUGAAUUUGAAUACGUUUUUAACACAAAAAUCCGAAUUCGAUGGCGUUGACUUUCGGCCAUUGUUGAAGGAAGAAUCUACAGGGCCUACUGCAAGUAGUAUUACUCAAAAUACAGGAAACAUUGACUUUAAUCCGGAUGCAUUUCAAGCGCAUCUCAAAGAUAUGCUUGAUUUUGUCAUCCCCGAGGAUAACUGGGACUCACACUCGGACUCAAUGAGCGAUUUUGAUGAGGAAAACAUCGAACGCAACAUCGACAUAACCAAUCCGAACACCGCCGCCACAUUGUCGGCAUACAUGGAACAAAUGGAUCGAGAAUUGGCUGCCACAACAAUUGGAAGCAGCUUCAAAACUAAUGCUAAUGCAUCGAAUAUGGAAGAUGACGAAGAUUUCGAUGAUAUCGAAUCGUUUGAACCGGUCGACAUUGAUGUCAACGCAAUGAAAAAUCUUGCCGAAAGUUACAAAGCUCAAUUUGGAAAUCAUGGUCCAACUUCCAGUUUGUUGAGCUCACUUGGUGUCCGAUUGAACACGGACAAGAGUUCAUCAACCAACGAUAAACCAUAAAAACCUCUAUAUACAUGUCUAUUUUUUGAAAGCCUAUAAGCACAAGUUUUAUUUUCUGUUUUAAAUAAAUGCCGCACCUUUUGACACAA